AUGACGAUUGUUCUAUACGACGUACCGUCUUCUUUGCCAGGUAAAAUAUGGAACCCGAAUGUUUGCAAAGCAAGGUUCUCUCUCAACGUUAAAGGCAUACCAUUUACAACGCACUGGGUUGAAUAUCCCGAAAUAGAGCCACAAAGCAAGAAACUAGGCGCGCUUCCAACCAGGAAGAAGGCAGACGGCAGUCCGAUGUACACAGUGCCCUUCAUACACGACCUUUCCACAGGCGCCGUCAUCGCCGACUCCAUACUCAUUGCCGAGUACCUCGAGAAAACAUACCCAGCUACCCCCAAACUGUUCCCAAACGGCACCCGCGCUCUGCAGGCCGCUAUGGGCGACAGUAUUUUCCCAACAUUAGAGGUCAUCCUUUGCGUCACAUAUCCGGAGAUGAUGCCUCGCUUCACGCCUGCCACGAUGGACCAUGCGACGCCUAUACUGGAGCGGGUACGGACUAAAAACCGUGCGGAAGACUGGAAGAAACUGAAAGAGUGUAUGGAUAAGAUCAAUGGGUGGUAUGCCCGCAACGACGAGAGUGGGACGUAUAUUUUUGGCGAAACUCCAACGUGGGCGGAUAUUGUCUUGGCUGCAUGGUUGUUUUAUGCUAGGCGCGCGUUGGAUGAGGAUAGUGAGAACUGGAAAGAUAUUUGCUCCUGGAACGAUGGCCGGUGGAAAAGAUUCACAGACGCAUUCCGGAGAUACGAGGGGUUGUAG